GGGCCUUUUUCUUCUGCUCUCUCUCCUCUCUUUUAUUUUCUCUUGCUACGCUCAUACCUGCUGUUGCGGCAAAAUAAGAGCGCUGCCGCAGGCUACGGCGAUGGAUCUCGACAGCGACGGGGCGGCCACGGCGGCGGUCAUGAACGAAGGGUCGUCGUCCAUUUCGAUCGAGACUAACGAAGAGGCGAUAUGGCAAAUGAAUUUGAGGGAACUGGAGUCCGAACUAUAUCUUGAGCAUCCAGGGGGAUCUGAAGAUAUAACCAGUAUCAGCAUAGGCCGGGCUACCUUGAGGGCGGUGGGGUGCCGAACGAGAGGCGGACAUGCUUGGUGCAAAGAGUGCAGUAUGAUUAAUGUUGCAUUGCAAGAGUUAAUUAGUAAGAGAGAACUACCAGUUCCACAGCAAGAUUUAAAUGCGAUUAAUAGAGAACAACCAUCUCUUGCUGUGAUUCUUAUCAUUAUUAAAAGAAAGUUGGAGGAUGAAGACGAAACACACAACAACCUUUCAUCCAAAAUGUCUCAUGAGCUAGUCCGUCGCUCUAUUUUUGAUUUCAAUUGCAUUGAAUCCUUGAAUUGUGAAGCUUGGAGCAGCAAACGAGGCAAUUAAACCCCAGAAUUGUGAAGCUUGAGCAGCAAACGAGGCAAUUAAACCCCAGAAUUGUGAAGCUGGAGCAGCAAACGAGGCAAUUAAACCCUAGAAUUGUGAAGCUAGAGUAACAAAUGAGGCAAUUGAACUCCAUAAUUUUAAAGUUGGGGCAACAAACUCAAGAACUAUGGAGCAGAAGCAACAAAUGGUGAUUUAAACACUAGAAUUGUUAAGCUGGAGCAACAAAUGAGACAAUUGAACCAUAAAAUUAUGAAGCUGGAGCAACAAAUGCGGCGAUUGAAGCCCAAAACUGUGAUGCUAGGAGAAACAACUAAAAUCAACCAGGAAUGUGUAAAUUCUGAAAUACAUUUUGGCCAUCUAAUGCUAUAACUUAUUUUUGUUGUGAGAACUCAAUCCAAGCGCUCGUCCUUCAUGCUCAUCGAGUUUGUUGUGAGAACCCAGUACAAGCACUAACCCUUCAUGCUUAUCAAGGAGGAGAAAAAGAGAGGGAACUUCGAAUGUGAAAUAAGUUGAAUUGUAGAGAAUGCCCUUGGAUGAGGUAUAUUGGAUAUUUUAUGUUGUAAAAUUUUAAUGUUAAUUUAGUUUUCUGUUGUAAAA